UUCCUUUUCCAAACUCAGCUCUGUGCGGGUGUGCGCUCGGGUUCUGCGCGUGGCCGGACUCCGUCGAGGGGCGCCGAGCUGGGAGCCGAGAGCGCGCGGCAGAGACGCGCAGAGGAGACGCGCGGAGCUGAGGAGAAGCUGAGACUGGAAGGCAUCAUCUCCCCGUCACUUCACGGAGACACCGGGACCCGCCGCACCGUCCGGGUCCCGUCGCACCGUCUGACCCCAGAGCAGGUCCGAUUCCGAGCAUUGGCGCACAAUGGAAAGUUUAACCCAACGUACUUUGAUUGAAAUUCCUCAAUGAAAUUCCUCUUCAAUGAAUUCCUGAAGUAACUCUGGAGAAAAAAAUGGAUUUAGAUUUUUUUUUUCCGUCGCGUAAGAAGUCCUUGAAGAAAGUUUGGUAUGCCUCCUUAAUGUAAGGCUCCUUUAGGAUUCCAUUCGACUCUACAGAUCGCAAUCCCUAGUCCCCAGCCAUGGACUCCCUAUACGACUCCACGGACGUCCCGCUGCUGGACCGCAACUGGACCAACGCCUCGGACACCAACGGCACGGCGGACGGGAACCAGUUCGUCCAGCCGGUGUGGCGGAUCGUCCUCUGGGGUCUGGCUUACUCCUGCAUCGUCCUGGUGUCCGUGGUGGGCAACCUCAUAGUCAUGUGGAUCAUCAUGGCUCACAAGCGCAUGAGGACCGUCACCAACUACUUCCUGCUGAACCUGGCGUUCGCCGAGGCGUCAAUGUCGGCCUUCAACACGGUCAUCAACUUCACGUAUGCGGUGCACAACGACUGGUACUACGGGCUGGUCUACUGCCGCUUCCACAACUUCUUCCCCGUGGCCGCCGUGUUCGCCAGCAUCUACUCCAUGACGGCCAUAGCGCUGGACAGGUACAUGGCCAUCAUCCACCCUCUGCAGCAGAGGAUGUCCGCCACAGAGACCAAGGUGGUGGUGGGGGUGAUCUGGGUGCUGGCCCUGUUGCUGGCCUUUCCCCAGUACUACUACUCCAACACCAUCGCACUCCCCGGACGAGUGGUCUGCUACAUCGACUGGCCCGAGUACAAGCUCUGCGACUUCAAAAAGAUGUACUACGUGUGUGUGGUCAUCCUCAUCUACUUCCUGCCUCUGGUGGUGAUGGGCUGUGCCUACCUGGAGGUGGGUCUGACUCUGUGGGCCAGCGAGAUCCCGGGGGACUCCUCCGACCGCUACAAGGAACAACUCAUCGCCAAGCGCAAGGUGGUCAAGAUGAUGAUCGUGGUGGUGUGCACCUUCGCCAUCUGCUGGCUGCCCUUCCACGUCUUCUUCCUGCUCCACGAGUUCCACCCUGAGAUGUUUGAGCAGCCCUACAUCCAGCAGGUGUACCUGGCUGUGCUGUGGCUGGCCAUGAGCUCCACUAUGUACAACCCCAUCAUCUACUGCUGCCUCAACGACAGGUUCCGCGCGGGCUUCAAGCAGGUGCUGGGCUGCUGCCCGUGCGUCCCGCGGGGGACCUACGAGGGCCUGGAGCUCAAGUCCACGCGCUACCUGCACACGCAGACCAGCGUGUACAAGACCAGCUGCAUGGAGACCAGCGUGUCCACCGUCAUGCACCAGGCCGACGAGGGCGACCCGCGCGCCCCCCGGAGGGCCGGCCUCGGCCCCGCCCCCGCCCCCGCCUCCCUGGGCCCGCCGGGGGCCGCCGGCGCCCCCCACGGCGGGGGGGCCGGGGGGAGGGGGAGGGGCGGGGGGCCGCGCCGCCCCUCCCUGGACCUGGCCUCCAACGGGUCCUCGUCCCGCAGCGUCUCCAAGACGGUGUCCGAGACGUCCAGCUUCUACUCCAGCCACAACCUGCAGGAGUAGGGGCGGAGCCUGGCAGGAAGCACAGGUGUGUACAGGCAUGGCUGUCCUGAUGACCUCCACCAGUCACCCCCCCCCCCCCCCCCCCCCCCUCACUAUCACCCCCCAUCGCGGCCAGCUGACCGGUGACGGCCCCAGACCCCAGAGAACAUCACGACCUGUUGAGUCCAGAGAUAAGCUGCCCAGAAGAGGGAGAUCGAUCCCCCCUCUUCCACUUCAUAUCUCCACCGGGCAGCUGUGUGAGUGUGUGGGUGCGCCUACUGCCCCCAUCAAUCACUCCGCGAUGGGCGGGGCUAACCACGUGCCCAGCCAAUCAGUGACUCCGCUGACCUGCCUGUUUUCACGUCGGAAGCCGAAGAACUGUGUUGUCCCGUCCCGAGGCAGGGGAGAGAGUUCUCUGUUUGAGG